AUGUCUGCGGCAAGAUAUGAGACGGGCUUAGGAGCCGGGAUGAGCCCCCCAUCUCCGCAGAGGCGUCUUUCCGGCGGCAUGUGCCGCAAAUACCGAGUGCCACUCGACUAUAGCCAGGGCUUGGCCGGUGGCAACAUCAUUGUGACGGUGAAGCGCUCUCGUCCUGCCACCGAAAGCGACGGCCAGCUCUGGAUGAUGCAGGGAGGCCCUGGCGGGCCUUCGCAUCCCUUGCUGGGAAUGAUUUCAGUCCUUGGAAAGGUCUCCUAUGCGCUGGACCACCGCGGCACUGGAUGGUCCACCGUGUUGGAUUGCCCGAAAGUCCGCAAGCAGCCUGGUAAGCUGCCCUGGGGCAACUCCUGGAUGAAGUGGGUAGGCCUUGGCAACGUAUCUACCGAAACUGUUGAUGCAUGUCUGACCGAAAUCUCACAGGACAUUGGCGCGCCCAAGCAUUUCACUGCUGCGAAUGCCGCGCGAGAUUUGGCCUCCGUAAUCAUGGCAAUUCAAGCCGAAACAGGAAGCACUGCCGAUGUUGGCAUCCAUGGCUUUUCCUACGGAACUGUUUGGGCUCGACGCUUCCUGGAACUGCAGGGCCAUGAGUUUCCUGUAAUCGUCUCGCAUGUCGGCAUUGAUGGCGUUUGCAGUGGGGAUUAUGACUUUGGGCAAUAUGCCUUGGCAGCUAACCGUGCCGGGCAGCGGCUCUUGGACGAGUAUUGCGACGCAGAUUGUCGGGGCAAGCUAGGCGCGCCUGCCACUGGCUCUGUUGCCCUCUGGUUUGGGGAGGCUGUGAAGGAGAUUGACAAGGCCAUCGGCCUCGAUGGCUUGGGCGGCGGCUUUUGUGGGAAGUACCUCUGGGAGCGUUUUGCGAAGUCGUCCUCUCUGUCGGGGUGGACCGCCAAAGCCUCAGUCAAGGAGGCUCUGGGUGCAAUAGGCUAUCUGGAUGUUACGGGAGGAUCUUCAUCAAUGAAAACGUUUGUUGCGCUGGUCCUCACCUUGCGACGAUGUGUCAGAGACACAAGUGCAACGACCAUCCCAAGUGAUUUCUGGGCAGUUGUUGACUUAAUCGAUGGCGGAGUUCGGCAUGCGGAGGACUACUUUGCGAGCUAUCCGGCCGACUUUUCGGCGGUUCUUCACCACGUCGUCAGCUUCGGUGACAUGUGGAAGGGACCUCCUGAGCUACAUGCCUGGGGUUUGGAAGAUGCAAGGCAUGGCAGCUGUAGCUUAGCAUCAUGGAGAGACUUCUUCGACGAGCAUGUCUUCUGGGCGCCGGACUUCGUGACAUUGAUGAGUCGAUAUCAAGAUGUGUUCAAUAAGUACGGCUAUCGCGAGAACUCUGCGCUCGUGCACAGCAACGGUCAUCCUUGGAGUAACGUGACGGUUCUCGUGACCAAUGGCGACUUGGAUGGGCAGACUCCCUUGCGAUCUGCCCGUGCCACCUUCGAAGCUGUGCCCACUUGCAAAGCCAAAGUGGAGCUCCCAACCGGUGGGCACUGUGUCUCCAGCGCUUGGUGUCUCCGGAAAGUGGUUAACGCUUUCUAUCGCAGUCCGGUGGCCUGCCCUUCAGGUUCGGCAGCUCCGGCAACUUCCAGUGAUCUUGGGCAGGCUUUGGAAGAUUUCGAUUCAGGUGGUUGCAGUGCCGGCAAGAUAAGCUGGUGGACGGGAUUGCUGCCUGUAAACACUUGUGGGCAGGAGCAUUCCAGCUCCGGUUGCGAUAAGAGUUUUGGGUCUGCUGGCGGUGGCGACCAUGGAGUUUGCAGCGUGUGUUUCUCAAAAUGUGUCCGGCUGUUGGAGAAGGCAAGCGUGCCGAACUCAAGAUGCGUUUGCGCGGCAGAGGCCGCCCGCUGUGGAGCCAGAGGCAACUGCACAGAAGGAGGCUUGGCAUUCUGCUCACAGGAAGCGUCGAACGCCGGCUGUGACCACAGGUUCUGCCAGCAGCAGGAACUGGUUGUAGCAUAG